AUGGCCGAAAGUGGGGAAAUGUAUCAUCGAGCUCCGGGACCUUUGGUGUUGGAUGCGAAUGCAUCAGAAAAUUGGAGAAAGUUCCUAAUGCAGUUCGAAAUUUACUUGGUUGCAAAAGGAAAGGACGACAAGGGAGAUAAGUUAAAAGUUAAUUUGUUACUUAACUGUGCUGGACCGAGUGCAAUUGAAGAGUAUAGCCACUUUGUGUAUACUGCAGGCGAGAGUAAUGAAUCUUAUGGUGAUGUGUGCCGAAAGUUCCAUGAACUUUGUCGAGGAGCUAAGAAUGUCAUUUAUGAGCGACUGCUCUUCAAUCUUAGAAACCAAAAGGAGGGUGAACGAAUUGACAACUUUGUUAGUGAGCUAAAACGGCUUUCAUUAAACUGUGACUUUGGAGCACUUAGAGAUUCAUUGAUACGAGACCGUAUUGUGGGGGGAGUAACCAGCGAUGAAUUGCGAGGGGAGUUGUUGAAAAAGCCAGACCUUACCCUACAAACCGCGCAUGAUUACUGCAGAACUUAUGAGGCGACUGAGCUGCAGAAGUAUAAGUUUGUUCCACAGACAGUAGUCCCAAGUAAAACAGUGUCUGUGCAACCAGUCCAAGUUAAGAAAGAACAGCCGUCUUGUAAGUUCUGUGGAUAUCGCCAUUCAUUUGCACACCCAACACGAUGCCCAGCCUUUAAAAGGAAUUGCAAGAUUUGUAGCAAAACAGGCCAUUUUGCAAAGAUGUGUAAAAACAAACAGAAAAAAGAUCCAGAAGUGCAUGUGGUGGAACAGGAGUAUGACUCAAGUGACAGCAACGAAACCCACACAUACUUUGGAUCCAUUGAAGUCGGAAGCGUGUUACAGAACCAGCAACCCAAAAAGAGCCUGAUAAAAGUCAUGAUAGCAGGAAAAGAGGUCAAACUGAAAGCAGACACGGGUGCGGAGGCUACUGUCAUCCCCUACAACUUGUACAAGAGCAUCACCAACAAGCCGUUGAAACGUGUACACCAGCCUUUGAAGGGCUGGCUUGCGACUAAGCCCAUCUACCCUAAAGGAUGUGUCCGCCUUCCAACACAGUACAAAGAUCGAAAGAUAGAUCUGUUAUAUCUUGUAGUUGAUGGAGAGUUCACCCCACUACUAAGUUGUGAGGCUUGCCUUGAUCUUGAAGUCCUACAGUUCAUGGAUCUCACAUUGCUAGAUUCACCAUCAGCACAAACAUCAAACAUCGACUUGUCCAGAGAACAAAGCAAAAGUACCACAACCCUCACAAGUGACCCUGUUCUGAAAGAUUACCUUGAUUGCUUCAGUAACAAACCAGGAAUGUUACCCAACAAAGUACACCUAGAGGUAGACUCUGCAGUAACUCCAGUUAUACACGCACCCAGAAAGAUCCCAGUAUCCAUGUUAGACCCAACUCAACAGAAGCUGAGAGAGAUGGAAGAAGAUGGGAUCAUUGUUAAAGAAGAAGAACAUACCCCUUGGGUCUCUUCGAUGUUAGUAAUCGAUAAACGAAAAGGCAAAGAAAAGAAAAGCCCACCAACCAAAGACAACAUCAGAAUAUGUAUAGACCCACGUGACCUCAAUAGAGCCCUCAAGAGACCCCAUUAUCCGAUGGCCACAGUGGAACAGGUUGCCAACAAACUCACCGGUGCUGAAAUAUUCUCAACGUUGGAUGCAUGCAGCGGUUUUUGGCAACUACCAGUAGACGAAGAAAGCUCGAAGCUCCUGACUUUCAAUACCCCCUGGGGUCGAUACAGAUUCCUGCGGCUCCCAUUCGGCAUAAGUUCCGCGCCCGAGAUUUACCAACGAGAGAUGGACCGACUCUUCGCAGGAGUACCAGUAGAAAUAAUCGUUGACGACUUUUUGAUACAUGGUGGAAAUCAAUGUGAGCUAGAUGACAAGAUGAUUGCAGUAUUGAAGAGGAGCCGUGAGAUAGGUCUAAAGUUCAAUCCACGUAAAGCCAAACUUCGAGUUCCUGAAGUCAGCUACGUUGGACACCUAUUUACUGCAGACGGUUUAAAGCCUGAUCCUGAAAAGGUAAGAGCUAUCAACGAGAUGCCUGCCCCGACCGAUAAAGAUGGCAUACUACGUUUCCUAGGAACUGUAAACUAUCUGGAUAAAUUUAUUGAACAUAAAGCUGAUCUCCAGGGCCCUAUCUCGCAGCUAACAAGGAAUGAUACCGCAUUCGUAUGGGAGACACCUCAACAGCAUGCAUUUGACAAGCUCAAAGCAGUCAUUACCUCAGCGCCAGUUUUAGCCUAUUUUGACAACACCAAAGAGACAGUGCUUAAUGUUGAUGCAAGUGGCACGGGAUUAGGUGCUGUGAUUCUGCAGGACGAAAGACCUGUAGCAUUUGGCUCAAAAACACUAUCACCUGCUGAGACAAGGUAUGCCAACAUCGAGCGAGAGCUUCUGGCAAUUGUCUGGGGAACUGAAAAGUUCCAUACUUAUGUUUAUGGACGUCGUGUUGUAGUUGAAACCGACCACAAACCACUAGAAGCCAUCUUCAAAAAGCCCUUGAAUGAAGCACCACCGAGAUUGCAGAGGAUGUUGUUAAAGCUGACAAAGUAUGACCUUGAUGUUCGUUAUGUGCCAGGAAAGAACCAAUUCAUCUCAGAUUGCUUAAGCAGAGCCCCAGUUAGUGACACUAAACCAGUUAGUGAACCAGAAGAGAUGAUUGGAAUCAACUUAAUUGACAGUCUUGGUGUAGAUUCAAGCACUUUGCAAAAAUUCAAGGAAGCAUCAAACUGCGAUGUUACCUCUCAAGUGGUCAUGGAAUAUGUCGUUAAAGGUUGGCCAGCAGAAAAACAUCAACUUGAUGAGCUAGCGAGAGAAUACUGGAGUUUUAGAGAGGAACUUAGCGUAGAAGAUGGUUUGUUAUUCAAAGCAGACAGAAUCAUUGUCCCGAGAUCGUCGAGGGCAGAGGUGCUAGAAGAAAUUCAUGGCGCCCAACGUGGGGCUAAUUGUGUUAUCAAUAACUUAAAGAAGAUUUUUGCAAGGUUUGGGAUCCCGGUGGAAGUUCUGAGCGACAAUGGCUCCCAGUACAGUAACACUAGAAACCUUUUUAAUAGUUCACAUGAGUUCAAAAAGUUUGCAGAUGAGUGGGGUUUCCGUCACACCACAAGCUCUCCAGAGUAUCCACAAUCAAAUGGAGCUGCCGAGAAAGCAGUUCAGACCGCAAAACGGAUUUUAAAGAAAGCGGCUGCUGACAACAAAGAUCCUUUUGAAGGAUUACUCAAAUACAGGAAUACACCCUUUGAUGACUUAGGUGUGUCUCCAGCUCAGCUGCUUAUGAGUAGGAGAACACGUACCCAACUACCGACUCAUCGACGUUUGCUACUGCCUCAGCCUGUUGACCCAAAUCAAGUUGUGAAGACAUUGAAACAUCGUCAGAGUGUUUCAAAAAAGUAUUAUGAUAGUCAUAGUCAUGAUCGCCCUCCUUUACAAGUUGGAGAUAAGGUGCGUAUCCGUCCAAACCGGGAGGCUGAGUGGAGGAAAGCAGAAGUAUUGCCCCGAUCGUACUUAUUAGGAGAUGAGCGUGGGCGUGUCUUCAGGAGAAAUCGACGACAAAUCAUUUCAACACCUAAUGAUCAAUCGAUGAGCACAAGUCCUUUUGUUAUACCAGCCAUUCCUCAACUACCACCAGAAAGUACCAACAACCCCACACAGUUAAGCAAUAAUGUGACAGCAUCGCCUACACCACCAAAGUCUUCUGAGAGGCAACACGAGACGACACCGAUGAGCACAGCAUCUGGCAGGGUUAUCAAAAAACCACAAAGACUUAUUGAACAUUGUUAA